CUUGUGAAACUACAAGGGGAUAGUGUAGCCGUACCACGUGGUGAAGAGACAUGGAAUCAAAACACUACCCAGUUCAGGUAGCAUUCGCUGGGCUGGGGAGUCGUAGUAGUAUUCCGACGGGUAGUACGUCACCAUUCGAUUUAUGAGAUAUGCGAUACAUGGGUGCCUGGACUAUCUUUUUUUCUUCUUCUUUCUCUCUUUUUGUUUUGCGUCGUUUCGGUCUGGAACAACAGCCAGCCAGCCUCGUUUUAGCCCCCAGUCAUAUGAUGCGUCGAAUCAAAACGACAAGCCGGGGAGGGAAACAAAGACGUCAUUUCUGCAGCGUAGACGGACAAGGGGAGAAGGAGAAAAAAAAAACAAAUAGACUGGAACAGGGGGGGCAGAGAGAAUCACCAGCGGCGCGUGAACCCUGAAUGGGGCCUAGAUCUCCAGCUCGAUGCGGCUUAGCAAAUAGUCUCUGUUCUGGGUCCUCUUUGCUUCCCUCCAUCUCAU